AUGCCUUCGAGGAAACGAGGCGGGUGGCCUGGAAUCCCGGUCCGCGACGAAUGGCGGCGCGAGAUAGACGCAGAGCUCGCCCAAUCAGCGGUGCAAUGCGAGAAAAAAAGCAAAGCGUCUGUGGGCCAGGGUGUCCUGAUAAACAGUGGAGGUUUGGCGGGCCACGUACCGGAGCACGGAGAACGGGGCAGGGAGGGAAGGGGAGUUGACGAGUUCAAGGCCCGUAUCCAUUCUGUCGUCCUGCCGGAGAUCCGUGGACGGCCGGCUCGCCAACCAAAUUCCACCCGAGUCACGGGCAGAUAG